AUGGUCAGUCUUCCUGAUCUCAGAUCAUCAGAAAUGGCAACUGGAGAGAUAACCGAAGGGAGCAGCUCCAGCCCCGAACUAUUAAAGAAGUUUUCAUUUCAGUCUCUGGAAGAAAUUACGAAUAACUUCUCCCGAAUAUUCUGUCAAGAUCCAUUUGGAACAGUUUAUAAGGGAACUCUGCCAGAGAAAAAGAUUGCAGUGAAGAAACUUGACCAAAGCGCAGAAAUCCCACCGGACAAUUUUGAGAAUAAGAUUCAGAGUGUUUAUGAGCUUAAACACGAAAAUAUCGUAGAGUUGUUUGGGUUCUGCAAUCAAACACUACAGAACACUACAGAAAGGUUACUCUGCUAUGACUUUGAUCCUCAUGCGAGCCUUCAACAGCAUCUUUUUGGGCCCAAAGCAACAGAUGGCUCCAAUUCGGCUGAUCCCAGUACCAACUGGGACAUAUGUUUCAAAAUAGUCAAGGGGGUUUGCCAGGGUUUACUUUAUCUACACAAGUUAGAAGACCCCAUUACCCAUAUGGAUCUUAACCUGAAUAAUAUAUGGUUAGAUGAAGCAAUGGUGCCCAAAAUUGCCAAUCUUGGACUCUCCAGAAUCUUUAGCGAAGAUCAGAUCAAAGACUACACAAAGGAAUCACAAUACAUGGCUCCAGAAUAUCUAAACAGCACAGGCAAGUCGGUCUCAAUAGACAUAUAUAGUUUGGGGGUAAUGAUGAUCCAAAUCACCACAAGGGAGGAGAACGACGACAAUCUGGACAAGGCCUCAAGGAUAUACAUUAAAGAUAUACGGAAAAGGUGGACAGCAGAGCACAUAGCAUCCGAGUACCCAUCACUUGAUUCAGAACGCCUCCAUCAAGUACAUACAUGCAUAAAAACAGGGCUAGAGUGCAUGCAGAUUGAUCAGAAAAUUAGGCCUUCCAUAGAUGAAAUUGUUGACAGGCUCAACACAAUCUGA